ACGAGUGUUGCAAAAACAGGGCACGCAGGGUCAGGUCAGGAUGCGGUGGGCUCAAUGUCACAGAGUUUUUUCAGCGAGCAGAUAGACGAGAGUAAACGUUAAAGUCUGGAUGUCUUCAGAUUUGAAGCAACUGCUGGAUAAUCUGCAGUGAGCCUCUCAUAAAGGUCAUCCACCAUGUCCACCCAGAUUUGCAGAGUGGUGGAGCGACUGCUCCGCUCUGCUUGCUGCCAUACUGUCAGAGGUCAAUCUUGUUUGAGCAAGGCGGUGUUGACCCCUGUGGGUCCCUCUGGCCUCUGUGCCUCUGGUGUGUCUGUGCUUCAAAGGAGGGCCUACAGUCUGGACUCCCUGUCUUUGGGUCCCGGUCGGCCCUCACUUGGUCCAAACUCUCAACAGCCCCGUUCAGAAAGGACGUCCCCCUCUUCUGCACUCACACACAGGAACCUGUCUGCUGUAGCUGUACAGGGCCAGUGUCGUCCUCUGUGCCAGUAUGAUUUCUUGGACCUUGGGGAGGUAGAGGAGAAUGUACGACGGGCUCAGGCCUGCAAAAAAAUCAGACACUUCAUAGUGGACCCGGACCUGGCUAAUCUGGUAGCACAGCAUCUAGGACCUGAUCUACAAGAUGCUAAAACUGUUAUCUUUGAAUGUAAUCCAGGUCCUGGGGUAUUGACUAGGACUCUGUUAAAUGCUGGAGCUCAGAGAGUUGUUGCUCUUGAAGGUGAUAGGUCUUUUCUACAUGACCUGCAGCAACGGUUAUCUCUCCAUCAGAAACUGGUGGCGCGUCCUGGUGAAAUGAUGUACUACAGAGCCUUUGGCGUCCUCUGGCAGAUGGCCUGUGAGAUUGAGCUACUGCACAAGGCGCCGUGGGAGUCAUUUGUGGUGUCAUCAAAGCAAGGCGUACCUAGCUCUAAAGGCAAGCUUCCAAAUGAUCACCUGUGCCUGGUGCGUCUGCGCCCACGGGCAGAUCUGUUCUCUGCAGGACUGACUCCCUCCAACGCAUCAACUCUACUGAUGAUGAUCAAACAGUGUCUGGCAAAGAGGAAGGUCAAGCUCAUUGACAGGCUCAAUCUCUGGUCACCAGACAGUGGCAGUAAACUGUUAUCAGAGAUGGGCAUGUCGGAGGACAUACUGACAGGCCACGUUUUUCCAGAGGAGUAUCUUAGACUGUUCCAGCUGAUGGACAAGAGCCAGGAAUUCACACAGAGCUGGCUUUAUGAAGAAAUCUUGGAGAACACACAGAGGGAGGGUUGGGGCUAAAACCUAGACAAACAGACCAUAUAUGUAUAGAUUUACAGUGUGCAUACAAACACGUGUGAUAUACUGAUGAUGUAAUAUAGAUGAUGAUGAUGAUGAUGAUAAUAUAAUAUGUGGCAGAA